AUGUCUUACGCGAACUCAAGACGUCGCGGAUUUGCUGCUGCGCGCGCUGCGGCGGUCGAACGAGGUGACACUGCUGGCGCCGUCGCCCGACGCAGCGAAGGCGGAGCUUCCCGACGACUCGCCACUGGUGAAGAGCAAGAAGACGAUGCGCCGUCUGCUGCGCUACUGCCUCGUAUUGGGCCGCCUCGUCUCCUACACCAACCUCGUCGAGGAUCCUGCGGGGACCAAGACGCCGCCGACGGAAACAGGCAGCGCGGGCGCCGCGUCUACUCCGCCGGCUCCCCCGCCGCCCGCGCUCACUGGCAUGACGCCCCGCACACCAUGACAGGAAGUGGUGGACUUUUAGGGCGGCGAACUGAACCCGUUACAGUCAGAUCCCUUAUAUGCGUGCAGACUUCAGAGCCUAACGGACCUCGCUUUCGUUAA